UAGCAUCUCCGGAGUUCUGCCUGCUGGUAUUGCCAAGCUUGCUCACUCGACUUGUUGAUCAAGGGGGAGUGAUCAGUGGAGUAUCAGGGCCAAUGAUUGGCAGCAAGUCGCCAGGCCGCGUUUAUCGCAGUGUAAUCCGUGAAACCCUCAAACCAAACUGACGUGCACACACCAUCAAACCGAAUACUGGAGAACAGUCCUACGGUAUAAAUUGUUGAGGAAGAACCCAACUUGUACCUUGGAGUUUGUAGACUAACAACACAGACAAGGUGUCCUAAUGUCGACGGGGUGUCUUAAUGUCGACCAGUGUUGGGAGUUUGGAAACUUUGACGUGAUGAGCCUUAGGAUGUGGAAUUACGCUACAACGACAGAACGGAGAGGAAACUUUGCUACUUAAACCACAGGCAGGACUCGUGGUGAUUGCUGAUGGUGCCCGAGACUUUUGCGGAACCGUGACUUCAAGUACGGGGAUUAUCCUGACUGCCGGGAAUAAUCAUCGAGCUGAGGAUUGAUCAAUACCAAGACAGGAAGUCGAGAGGUUCACCUAUUUCCAAACUUUCUCUCUGAAUACGUGUCAGAUUGUGACCCUGUGUGUGCUGUAUUCUUCUGCCAGAACAAGAAGCAUGUUCUGUCACGCACUUUGCCAUGCUGGUUGUAAUUCUGCCUGUCGACUCCGUGGAACGCCAAGUUUGCCACUUGACGGACAUUUCUAGUGUUACAUCUGAUGACUGCUCUGUACUUGAUUAAUUUGUCCUCAAGAAAACUGGAUUCUAAACCAUUUUGCAGCUACAGUAAAUGUAGUUUGUGAGACAGAAAGGAUCAAGGACUUGAACCUAAUUAUGUGUGAGAAUUGAAGGGUAUAAUCAAGUGAACGAGUGGCGUCAACUACUUUCAUAAUUCAUCAGUAUCAAAGACUACCAUGAAGGUAAUUACAAAUCAAACAAAGAUUCAGACUACAGCCUUACAAAAACUUCAUAAAAACUAGACUCACUGGAGGAUGCAGUGGCAGGGAAUAUAACUUUCAGCAAAAUUAAAUCUGUCUCCAAAAGACGAUUAAAUUUCUUCUUAAUCUACCAGAUGGAGCUAGUGUAAAUCCCACCCGGAGGUUGAAGAGACAAUAUUACCAUUAGCCAACAGCCAAACAGCAAUUUCUAAUUUUGAGAGGAUGAUGAAAAUUAAAGGAAGGGCCGUUGCAGCCGUUUCCUUUCCAGGAGCCUCUACCAACCACACAUGGAUUGAGUUGGGUGGCAAUUAGUUGACGGAACCUUGAGAAGCCGAAUGACACGUCGUAACUUCAUCAGCUGAAUUUUGUUUAUUGGUCAUGGAAGCAAGCCCGUUGUGCCUUGUAUCAUGUGAAGUGGAGACAAAGCUUCUUCAUAGCAUUAGAUCAGUUUUUGCAUUUAGAUUGGAGUUGCUGGAAGCCGUUCUCUAAUGCUUUCCGAUUACGGAAUGUGGUUUUAUCUCACCGUGUGAACUCUGUUUUCUUCUUCUAGGAGGGAGUGGUAAGUGAAAUUUAUAUCCCCAAACUUUAUAAACAAACUUACUCUGGAGACAUUGUGUUUGUUUUGGAUUCAAAAUACUUUCGUUUGCAUGUGAGUUUCAUUCUGAAGGAUAUUUUGGGAUCUGAAUUUUUUGUUGCCGCAAUUGCAAUUACUGUUGGAUUAAUAACCUGAUUCAACUUCAAAAUGGCUGCGAAUUCAAUUGGCUACCAAAAUGGACAUCCCAUGGUGAAUGGCUCCGACAUUCUCAAACCCAGUGUUGUGAUUGACAUGACGGAAGCUGUGACUCAAAUGUUGACACCCACGACUCCGUCACCAAUCGAGCAAUUUGGCACCACCUAUGGCCGGAUUCAUGGCUACCUCAGCAUUGCUGUAUGUAUUUUCGGAAUUAUAUCCAAUGCCUUGAAUAUAAUUGUCCUCACGCGCAAGCACAUGUUAUCACCAACUAACUAUAUCCUCACGGCACUGGCAAUAGCAGACAUGCUUACGAUGAGCACGUACCCGAUCAUGGCAACCUAUCUGUAUAUCAUCAGCCAACCCAACUGUGAUGAGGUGAAGCACCCCAAAGAGUGGAUGUACUUUAUCCUGUUCCACAACCUAUUCAUCGUCACAUGUCACAAUAUGGCAAUGUGGUUGACAGUCGCAUUGGCAGUGUUCCGGUACAUAUUUGUAUGUAUCCCAUCCAAAGCCAUGACACUAUGCAGUCUCCAACGAGCCAAACUGACAGUAGGCUUAAUCGUAAUUGUUACCAUCAUUGUCUGCUGUCCCAACUAUGUAAUAUACCGGGUAGUGGAUAUAGGAACGACCUACCAUAAUUCUACGACGUGCUAUUGGAUUUUGGAAACUGACUUUGCCCAUAAGCAUGUAUGGUAUACGUCCUUCGUUAAAUGGGUCUACGGGGUGGUUAUAAAAAUCCUCCCUUGCAUCUUACUGGUGUUUCUAAGCACGCUGCUAAUCCUAGCUAUGCAGCGGGCGAAAAGACGCCGUGCUCGACUCCUCGGAAAAGUUAGCCGGGCAUCUGACCACGACCACCAAUCCAACGAGCACAACCGCACAACAGUCAUGUUGGUGGCUGUUGUGAUGUUCUUUGUUAUAACAGAGCUGCCUCAAGGAAUCCUGGCCCUAAUAGGUUCUAUGAGUAGUGAUUUGUGGGAGGUGUACAUCAUACUGGGCGACCUCAUGGACAUUCUGGUUCUCAUCAACAGCGCCGUCAACUUCAUCCUCUACUGCAUCAUGAGUCAGCAGUUCAGGAACACCUUCAAGAACCUCUUCAUCGGCAAGAACAAGACCUUCUUCAGUAAAUAUCACAAGCAGAACGGGGCCACGUACAGUGUUGUAAAGACAGAUACGACCAUGGUAUAGUGAUGAGACAAGGGCAGACUCUUGCUGAAGAGUUCAACACUCCUGAAAUGCAGCUGAAAUGAUACAGGUAUUUGCCUUGGAUACCACUUUACAUGAAUCUAUGAGAAUGCACACAACAUUGGGUAAAACAUUCAGUGCCUCUAACCUGUGUCGAGUGAGUGUGGUGGGUGAUCUUCAGAAUCAAAUAUUGACCAUCACGGAACAAUCCCUGAGCUUGAAAUUCGUUUGGUGGAGAUCUCCCACUUAAGGAGUGUUCUUGUGGCUGUCAUCCUAUGCUUACCUACAAAUGUAUUAUUCAAUAUUAACACAAUGCGACCUGCUGAAGCAUGUUCCACUAUAAAUUACACGGUGUCAUGAAUGGAAAAUUUCGUGAAGAAAAACAUCUUCAUAACUGAUAAUGGUGAGAUGUUUCUGAUGUCAGACAGUGUCAACAUGGGGAAGUGUUCAUGUGUGAGGAACAAAACAAGAACAAGAACACUUUGUCAGAUCCAGAGCUUGUCCAGGAACAGCAGCUUUGUGAAAUCCUGCUGGCAGGAUUUGGCAUCAGGAAUAAAAAUUUUAAACAUUGAAAAAUUUAUAAGCAACUGGAAGAUGCCAUGUGAUGAGCUUUCUUCUUGAUCUUCUUGAUGGAUAUCCAUCUUAUCCAGAUUGAAAGAUUUCAAAAGGUUCGUCUUGUGAUGUGAAGCAGUGACAAUGUUCUUGAAGACAAUAUGAACUGUAAUUCUAUGUACAGAGCUAAGAAGAAGCUGUCUGCUAAUUGGAUCCAUUGUGAUGGCAAAGUAUAUGAAGGAUUUUAUACCUGUGAUGACAUGGAACGAUACAAAGGAUAUGCAUGACCAAAUAUUAAUAUUUGGUGUGCAAAUGGAAUGGUAUCAGAUGUGAUAUAUUUACUGAUCUUUAGGAUAAUGGUUGCCUUAUUUAAGCUUCAGUGUGGCUGUUCUUGUGGAACAGUCCUGUAGAUUAUUAUAUCUAGUCAUGGCUUGUAGGGACGAGAGAGCCAUAUGCAAACUCAUAUAUCACAGUGACACGGAGACAGAAGCAAGCAUAUUGACUUGUCCGGUCAUAAUAAAAUGUUUUGAAAUAGUUCAAAAUGAACGCAUCUCUUGUGAGGAUUGAUGUAUGUUUUCCCUGUAAAAACAGACUUGUUAGUGACUUUGUUCAAGGCGAACAGCAUGUUUUGUGACCUUGGGCCCUGACCCCUUCUCAAGGUCAUGCAAACAUGCUACCACAAAUUUUCGCCUUAAACAGUUACUCACAAGUGUCAGCGACAUACUGGCUGUUGGUAAUUCAUGGGUUGUACAUUAUGUUUUUAUUUGUUUCAAUGAUACUGAAAAUUGUGCAUAUAUAUAUAAAUGCAUGAUACAUUAUGCAAUAUAUACAUAAUAUUCAGAAAAGAAGGAUAUUCCCUCAUUUGCAAAAAUAAUCUGUAAAAUUUAUUGUAACUUACAACAGAAAAUAUGUAUAAAUAGGACAUUUUCUAAUAACAAAUAUUUACAAUAUUAUGGCUCAGAAUUCACCACAUGGAGUGGUAUACAAUAUAACUAUAUGGAAUAUGCGAUAAGGAAAAUAUCAUACGCAAACAUACACAAACACACACAUUAAUGUGUAAGAAGGGCAUGAAGAUAAAUACUCAAGUUUAGUUAAUACAUGUUAGACCCGUGAAGAUCCGGGGUAGAAUAGGUCUUCACCAACCCAUUUUGGCGGUAAAAGGUGACUAUGCUUGUCGUAAGAGGCAACUAACGGGAUCGGGUGGUCAGGCUCGCUGACUUGGUUGAUGCA